AUGAUUGCCUUAUUUUUCUCUUAUUCUUCCACCGAGGCCCCAGGUAUUGCUAACGCUUCACCUGGAGCUGAUUCUGGCAAGGAGGCAAGCCAGAUAAACCAGGCAAACCAAGCUAGCCAGGCAAACCAAGCCAGCCAGGCAAACCAGGCAAACCAAGCAAACCAGACUAGCUCUAUUUUAUAUAAAAGAAAGGUGUGUACUAGAAUGGAUAAAUUGCCUUUCUGCGUUGAGCUUAAAGCCAAGUUUCCAUGCAAUGGAAAUACAUCCAACUUUAAGCCUCAAGAUCCUUCCAAGCAGAUUCAAAAAUCUGCAGCCCCUUUGGCCCAAGAGCCAGCGACUUCUCAACAAGCUAUAUCCACAUUUUCAGAAGAGGCGAGCCUCUCCAUGCCUCAAAAUCCCAUUGGCCAGCAAUCCAGCAAUUUUUCAUCAAAUACCUCUUCUCAGGCUUCUCAAGCUCCUCAAGCAGCUCAGGCUAUUCAAGCUUCUCAGACUAAUAAAACUUCUCAAGCAGCUCAGGCUAUUCAAGCUUCUCAGACUAAUAAAACUUCUCAGACUGCUAAAGCUUCUCAAGUUGCUUCAAAUGCUUCAAUACCCACCAGUAAUACAACAUCCAUGUCUGAAAAGCCCUCGAUAUCUAACAGCAGCUCUGCUUUGGUUUCGCAAGCAUCCCAAAAUGCCUCUGUCUUGAGAAAUGAAACAUCUGUAGCAGUGAAUGCGACCACCGCUAGCAAAUCUACUACCCCUAAAAAAGCUCCUUGCGCUAAAAAAUCUUCAACUAGCGCUUCCUUGACAACAAGAAACUCCACCGAUGAAAAGUCCAUAUCAAGUGAGGUCUCUGCAGCAUCAUCAUCUCUAUCUAAUUGCA